UAAAGUGAGGAAUGCAUAGUACUCCUUUCUCCUUAUCUCUAUCUCUGGCAUUUCCUUCUCCUUUGGAAACCAUGGCAGGAGCAGACCCCGGCUGUGACAAACUCAUCACAACCAAAAGAUCCUUCAUUAACCACAAAAGCGGAUCACAGAAUUUCAGUAAGACCACGAUUACGAGCCCCGCGGUUGAUUCUUCCUUCGUAAACACUGGAUCAGGCUCACAACAUUUCAGUGGCUUAACCAUUGAAUGUGGUCCAUCUAUUUGGAACACAUUCACACGCUUUCUCACUGGGAUAUCUUCACAUUUCAACCACAAUGGAACCCAAGACCAGAACUUCCCUAAUUUCAGCUUUUCAAAGUAUCUCCAAGCCUUACCCCCGGAACAGACGCAAUUAGAUAUUCCUGCGGAAGACAAGUGUAAACCUCCCGAGGUGAAGAAAAAGUCUCCAAGCAAACCCAAGUCCGAUGACCACAAAAAUUCUACUUCCAAACAGCGCUGAUGUGAGGAAGAGUACAAAACAGCUUAUAACUAUCAGUGAGUUUGGGAAUUGAAUUCGUAUUUUAUAUGUAAUGAAUUGAGUAAUAAAUAAAUAGUUUGUCAUACUUCACUUUUCAGUGAAAAUUUUCCCCAUUCUCGUUUCUUUGUCUUUUUCUUAUAUCUUGUGGGCGUGGCUUUGUUGUUAAUGUUUCUUUAUCCAUCAGUUUAAAGAAAUAUUAUCAUGAGUGUUCUCGUU